AUGCGCGAUGGCAGCAGGUGUGAGGCAGGUUCUGAUUUCGUCGCUGCCUUCGCCAAGCCAGAUGCUACCACCAUCAGGGAACCUUCAGCCGCCGACAACAACGUUGCUGGUUGCAAUGUCCCCGCUGGCUUCAGAGUCACCGCUUCCGACGCCGCAGCUUCCGAUGCCACCAGUUCCGACGCCUCCGCUUCCGACGCCUCCGCUUCCGACCGCCCCGCUUCCGACGCCCCCGCUUCCAGCGCCACCAGUUCCGAUGCCUCCGGUUUCGACCCUACCGCUUCCGACGCCUCCGCUUCCGAAGUGAUCGAUUCUGAAGACAUCGAUUCCGACGCCACCGCUUCCAACACCGCCGCAUCCGAAGUGAUCGAUUCCGACACCACCCGUUCCGACAUCACCGCUUCCGACGAUUCCGACGUUAUCGAUUCCGACGCCACACGUUCCGUCGGCGACGCCAUGGAUUCCGAGAGGGUGGGGGGUUCCGACGUCACAGCCGCCGGUACAGACGCCAUUGGAUCCGAAGUUGGCCGAUCCAGCAUCGACGGACCUGAACGACGCUGCAGAGUCGAUAAGACAGGCUUUGCUGCGGCUGGAGUCGUCUACGCGCUCACUGCUGGCGUCAGCGCAGGGGAGCAUCGCGUCGCCGGUUUCAGUGCUGCAGGACGUCAGCCUGAGGCCGUCAGCCUGGCGGAGCUUGCUCGUCACGCUGCUAAUUGA